AUGCCGGAGCGUAGCAGUAGAUUACUGGAAUUGCCGGUGGAAAUUCAAUUGAAAAUUAUGGGAUACCUAGGCUGCCGCGAUCUCGAGACUCUCAAACGCACGUCAAGGAAACUGCAGUCCAUCGCGCUACAUCCGUCACUGUGGAAGGAGUACGAGAUAUUGGACGACAAGACAGCGCCAUCCGAAAUCAUCAGCAACCUGAAGCGAAUGAGUUUACUGAAGAAGAUUGUGAUACGAAAUCGAAUCGACACGAACAACAUCGUCCGGCAAAUAUCACUGUCGAACAAACAUUUAGAAGAGCUGCAAAUAACGUACAAACACGACGAAUCAACAAUGUACCUGCAAGCACCACUAAUGAGACGGCUGGUCGAGCGUUGCCAGCAACUGCACACAAUCAAUUUAGAUGGCGUUUACUGUCGAAGUCUCAAAUUUUAUCGGUUGCUGGGUAAAAAAGUCUUUGGCAAUUUACGCUCUCUCAACGUUAAAAUGACAAUGGGCCAGAUCAAAGCAUUCGUCAGUCAUCUGAACGAGCAAAAUCGUGAUAACGUGUACAAAAGUUUGCGCGAGCUUGGCCCGCGUUAUUGGAAAGUCGUCAGAUACCUCAGGCUCGGCGACUUCCGAUGGAUUCAGAAGCAAAAUACGCAUUGA